AUGCUUCCUGUGGGACUACCCCAGACUGCUUCUGAGCAAGUUGCUACGAACGGUGCACUGGAAGAGGGCGCAGCAAGCACUAAUGUGUUUGAGCCAAACGCCCGAACUCCUUUUGCGGCCGUACCGUUCGCACCACAGUUGCACAUGUAUCGACAGAAUUUCCAGCAAAACAUCAUGGUCGGUGAAUCUCCGGAACAAACCAGAUCGCUUCUCGGUGAACUUGAAAUUGAAGCAGAGAACAGACACCAGAGGUUCCGCCAGGCUGCCGAAUAUGCUCAUGAUCAAAGAAUCGCUAAUGUUGAAGAACGAGCAAAUCGACAGCAUGAGGAGAUCGUUGCACAGCUCGAAUCCGAGAUUGCCACACAACGAUAUCAGUUUAUCGAAGCCAAUCAUCAUCUCGUGUCAGAGCUGCGACAACAACACCAAGUCAUCGCUUUCCAAACGGAACAUUUUUCCAGCGUUAGUUCGCAGAUCACGCAACUUCGAACAACUUUAAUCGAAGAAGCAGAGGAGAACAAAACACAAACCCUCAAUGAGGUGGGAGAGUGGUUUGGUAGGGAACAUGACCAAGCAAUGCAGCAGUAUAGGUUGCUUGCCCGCGAGAGUGAAGAGGAAAUGAGGCGUCAAAAUGAUGUUCUUCAGGACGAACUCUCCUCAGCUGAGCGUGCGCUCAAACUCGAGCAGGACAGGAAUGCUUCUCAGGACACUGCGUCCCAAGCUCAGUUCCCUCCGGCCGUGACCCCAGCAACGGUACCGCAAAGUGCCGGCCUCAAUGUGCCGACAGCUCCUCAGUUUUCAUCGCCAAGCGUGAUCCCGCUCAGCCUAAGAGCAAUGUUUUCCGGUUUUGGUGGUGCGGCAACUACUGCCACACCAGCGGGGCCACGAGCUCCAACACAAGCCCCGGGAACCCCUGUGCCCUCGACUGGCUUAGGUGGAGGAGUGUCUGGUCUCGCGGUCCCAAUGGGCACGCCGGCUAGUCCGGCAGCCACUGGAGUUGAUUUAAUCGCACAGACGCAACAAGCGUUGCUGGAAGCCGCCAGACUCCUCAAGGGAGACAAAGGUGGCGAAGAUGACAAGCCAAAGGCGGAAGGCCGCAACGCCCUCCGUCAAGGAGUGGCCGGGGAAGAGAUCGCUCUGCCGGAGAAGGACAGGAGAGCCGCGUGCUGCAUCUCGAUUGCGGCUGCAGCCUCAAUCCGUCCCGAGGGAGAUGACCCACAAGAUGGAGAGAAGGACUACUGGGAAAUGGAUUUCAAAAGGGGUGAAGCCAUUCGACAUCACCUGAACUACAGAAGUACUAUGUACAAGCCUGAAAUGUCAUGCCCUGUUGCUCUUGAAAAGUUGAAAGGUACGGCCAAGGUGAUCAAGACUCUUCCCGUUGCUCCCUACACAGCAAAGGAGAGUUGGGAUUGGAAAGGGGGAAAAGGGGGGACGAACGACAAGACGCCAUGGACUGGCAAGACUGUGUUCAAAAUCAAAGAACAAAACAAGAAGGUCAAGUUUUGUGAAAAGCCCAAAGUCAGGGAAAUUCCUUUUGAAGGGAAGGGGUACAAGCAUUCCUACAAAGUUCGCAGGUACAACACUUGCUAUGCCGAUGCGGAAAAUUGCCCCAAACCUGACAACAAUGACCUUCAGGCUUUCGCAGGAGCAGCAGAGGACCGAGAUCCAGUGGUCGAGCACCCCGAUCCUGAGAUCUCAGCAGCCAUCAAUGAGGAGAGCCUCCGCAAGCCGGCCCUCUCAGAUCAGGACUGCUCGUGGGGAGGCACAGAUGGUGCCGGACCACGCGCCCCGCCUGGGGAUUCGCCGGACGAGCCUUUGCCUCCGCCUGGUGUGCCUGAUUUGGACGGCUCCGAUUUGAAGGAUCGUUUGUCCGAGUACUUGGACCAAGUGGCUAAGGAAAACGAGGACUAUGUUCCUGAAGAUGUCGGAGCUGUGGAGGCACAACGGGAGGCUGACAUUGAAAGAUUCGAACGUAAGAAGGCUCGUGAAGCCGAGGAGGAUGCUCGCAAGGCCCUUAGAGAUUCCCCGGCCAUGCCCGUCGUCACCGAACCUGCCCAUUUCGGGAAAGUCUUUGAGAUUUGUUCGGUCAAGGGGGAUGAACUCCCGGACGGGCACCCCCAGAAGAAAUGGAAGGGUCGUAGCGUUUUCCAGGGCAACAACGUCCAGGCAUCGAAACGUGGGUCCGUCUUCCUCGAAACAGAUGGCCAAAAGAAUGGUCUGGGUAUGAAGAUCCUGUUUGCCCACUCAGGCGACCCGCCGGUGGCCUCAGAUUGCCAG